CCUCCCCCUGGACCCCCACUCCUGGAUGGGAUGAUGCCUUCCCUCGGAGCACCUCUGGGCUCGGCCUUCAAGAAGAAGAGCAUCCCUCAGCCAACAAAUGCUCUCAAGUCCUUCAACUGGUCCAAGCUGCCAGAGAACAAGCUGGCAGGCACCGUGUGGACUGACAUAGAUGAUGCAAAAGUGUUCAAAAUCUUGGACCUCGAAGACCUGGAAAGGACGUUCUCUGCCUACCAAAGACAGCAGGACUUCUUUAUGAAUGGUAACUCCAGACAGAAGGAAGAUGCUAUCGAUGACACGUUGAGUUCCCGGCAUAAAGUCAAGGAACUUUCCGUCAUAGAUGGCCGGAGAGCUCAGAAUUGCAAUAUCCUCCUCUCCAGGCUGAAACUCUCAAACGAAGAGAUCAAACGAGCCAUUUUGACGAUGGACGAGCAGGAGGACCUCCCGAAAGACAUGCUGGAGCAGCUCCUGAAGUUUGUUCCUGAAAAGGCUGAUAUUGACCUGCUGGAAGAGCACAAGCACGAGCUGGACCGCAUGGCUAAGCCUGACCGGUUCCUCUUUGAAAUGAGCAGGAUAAACCAUUAUCAGCAAAGGCUGCAGUCCCUCUACUUCAAGAAGAAGUUUGCAGAGAGAGUUGCAGAAGUCAAACCCAAGGUGGAAGCCAUCCGUGCUGGCUCCAAGGCAGUGCUGCAGAGCAGCAGCCUCCAGCAGCUGCUGGAGGUGGUCCUGGCCUUUGGGAACUACAUGAACAAGGGGCAGAGGGGAAAUGCCUUUGGCUUUAAGAUCUCCAGCCUCAACAAGAUCGCGGACACCAAGUCCAGCAUUGACAAGAACAUCACCCUUCUGCACUAUCUCAUCACUGUCGUUGAAAAGAAGUAUCCCAAAGUCCUCCGCCUGCAUGAGGAGCUGCGAGACAUUCCAGAGGCAGCCAAAGUCAA